UGCAACACACCAAGUCUUGCUUGCUGAGAUUCCUCUGACUGCAACCAUGAGAGCUUCUCUACUCGUCCUGGCUCUGUUUGUGGGCUCCAGCCUGGCGCUGACCUGCAAUGAGAUUGAUGGCCACCUCAAGCAGAUCGACGUUGGCAAUGGGCAGGUGUUUGGUGUGAACAGCGGAAACUUGAUCUACACUCGUUAUGGAAACGCCUGGGUGCAGCUCCCAGGUGCCCUCAAACACGUGACCGUGGGGCCCGCUGGAGUCUGGGGGGUCAACACGAACAAUUUCAUCUACAAGAUGGUUGGAGGAAACUGGAUACAAACUCAAGGUCUACUGAAGCAAAUUGACGCGGGAGGCAACCAAUUCGUCGCUGGAGUCAACAUGAUUGACAACAUCUUCUGCCUGAAUCGCAAUCCCACAGUGGCCACGAGGGGCGGCGAGUCCUCCCUUCCAUGGAACUUGCUUCCCGGGGCUCUCAAGUACUACUCCUGUGGCCCCUACAGCUGCUGGGGGGUGAACUCUGCCAACCAGAUCUACCUAAAGAAUGGGGUGACCCCGGACGCCUGCGUGGGCAACACGGCGUGGCAGCAGAUCCCUGGAGCGCUCUCCAUGAUCGAGGUGUCCACCGAUGGCAGCGUGUACGGGGUCAACUCCGCCAAGGACGUGUACCGCAGGGAUGGGGUCAGCAUUGGUAAUCCUGCCGGCACUGGCUGGACCCUUCUGAGCCAGUGCGGGAAAAGCAAGCAUGUGUCAUAUGACCUGGGUGUGCUCUGGGUGAUCAGCCAAGAUGAAAAGAUCUUGACCUGCAGCUAAAACUCCCCGAUAGCCAAACAAACAGAAGCCGUCCUUCCGGAACUCAGAAUUACACCCACUUACUGUAUAGUUUGCAGGAAGUAUUUGGAUUUACUGUAAAUUAUACUGAAUAUAUUAAGUUUGCAUUGUAACAUUGUACUGCCCUGUAACACCUGUAAGUCACCCUGGGUAAAGAAUGUUUUACCAUUUGCAAACACAGCUACAUUUUUACAAAUCUCUUAUUGCUUUGCUUAUAGUUAUUUUGUUUGAUAGUCUUCUGGGAUUUUUUAUGCCUGGUAUUGAUUAUAUUGUUCUCUCUAUGGAACAUCAUCCUUUUGAGUUUCUUUUAAGCUUCUUCCUGUCCAAG